AUGAAGGUGUCAGUGGUGUCAGUGUCAGAGGUGUCAGUGGUGUCAGUGUCAGUGGUGUCAGUGUCAGUGGUGUCAGUGGUGUCAGUGUCAGUGGUGUCAGUGGUGUCAGUGUCGUCAGAGUCAGUGGUGUCAGUGUCAGUGGUGUCAGUGGUGUCAGAGGUGUCAGUGGUGUCAGUGUCAGUGGUGUCAGUGUCAGUGGUGUCAGUGUCGUCAGAGUCAGUGGUGUCAGUGUCAGUGGUGUCAGUGUCAGUGGUGUCAGUGUCGUCAGAGUCAGUGGUGUCAGUGUCAGUGGUGUCAGUGUCGUCAGAGUCAGUGGUGUCAGUGUCAGUGGUGUCAGUGGUGUCAGUGUCAGUGGUGUCAGUGUCGUCAGAGUCAGUGGUGUCAGUGUCAGUGGUGUCAGUGGUGUCAGUGUCAGUGGUGUCAGAGGUGUCAGUGUCAGUGGUGUCAGAGGUGUCAGUGUCAGUGGUGUCAGUGUCAGUGGUGUCAGUGGUGUCAGAGGUGUCAGUGUCAGUGGUGUCAGUGGUGUCAGUGUCAGUGGUGUCAGUGUCAGUGGUGUCAGUGUCAGUGGUGUCAGUGGUGUCAGUGUCAGUGGUGUCAGUGGUGUCAGAGGUGUCAGUGUCAGUGGUGUCAGUGGUGUCAGUGGUGUCAGUGUCAGUGGUGUCAGUGUCAGUGGUGUCAGUGGUGUCAGUGUCAGUGGUGUCAGUGUCAGUGGUGUCAGUGGUGUCAGUGUCAGUGUCAGUGGUGUCAGUGGUGUCAGUGUCAGUGGUGUCAGUGUCAGUGGUGUCAGUGUCAGUGGUGUCAGUGGUGUCAGUGUCAGUGGUGUCAGUGGUGUCAGUGUCAGUGGUGUCAGUGUCAGUGGUGUCGGGGCCAAAACAAUAA